AUGGACACAGACAAACAAGUCGUCUCACUGGAGACUCUAUCUGGAGUCGAGAAUCCGCCCAUAGUCCUCGAGCAAGGUAGACGGACUGGCCUCAUACAGCCCACUCACGAGGCCGACAAGGAAGUCGUCAGCAGCUGGCAGACUCUGUCUCGAGAGGAGAACGCACCGAUACCAGUCGAGAUGGAGAAGCAAGAUGAUAUCAAGUCUGGCGUCAAUGCCAUGGAUGCACCUUCGCCUACAUCGAGUCUACCGCCGCCAUACGAAGCUCGCGACCGUAGUCUCAGCACCAGUAGCUCGAACGAUCUCGCCUCGCCACUGGAGCCAGAUUCGACUACAGCGAGACCAAUGCCUCGACCAGAAGACCGCUCCGCAGUUGGCCAUUUGCUCCGAUGGGUUCCACGAUCAUCACGCAUACCAUUGGAGAAGAUGCCACGGCUCGAUCGUCCGGUCAUCAUCCCGCAGCUCGAUGUACCACCAGUGGGCGAGAGCGUGCCGUUUCAGCGCUGCUAUAGCGAUGUUCUUGCCGCUCACGAUAUACCCAUGACCGAAUUCCUGAGCUUCUUAGACGGGCUUUCUAUCGCUCAAGCGCUGAACGCUGCAGCACAGGGACUGAAGAUGCUUGGCGCCGGAAUCAGCUUCGUACCCAUCCCACUCAUACCACUCGCAGGUCGUGGCAUCAGUGCCCUAUCAGGGACAGGCUCCGGGAAAUCUAGUACUCGUGCUCGAUUGUACAUCUCAGAAGCAGUGUCACAGUACUUUGCACCUCGCGGACUUCGAUUGUCAAUGGUCAAAGAUGACGACCUUGGUACGAGAGUCAUUCGGCUUCCACCAGGUAAACCUAGUUUGGCUCCUUUGACCGAGCAGACUUUGACCGACAGCAUAUGCACACGACGCUUAAAUGCUCUAGAACCAUAUGUGGCGCCUUUGGGGUACGAUGUCCCGGCUUCAGGCGAUGAUGUGAAGUCUGUGGAUAAGCUUGCUCGAAAGCAUUUGUAUUACCGAAUAGGUAGAGAGGCUAAGGAUCUGGCUAGGUCACGAGAGGAGCAGUUUCGGGGCAGGGGGUUUGAGGGUGCGGUGGAGGAGGAGAAGAAGUGUUCGAGAUUAAGAUGGCUUGUGAUUGAGGAGUUUCGAUGA